UGGGCCAGCUGAUUUGUGACGUCCACGGGCCCAGCGUUUAUUUGGGCUCUGGCUACGCUUUCGUCUCCGCAUAGCCGCCAUUAAAAAAACAUAAACAAAAAGCAACAAAACACGACAAAAAAAUCAACGAAGGUCGUGGCCAUUCACAGGCCCGGCCGACGGACGAACUGUUUCUUCCGCGGCGUGGUGAAAGUGUCCGUCGAGGUAAACAUGUGAGAGGAUAAAAGGCGUUUGAAGACGUCGAUUCGGGAAAGAUUCGACCGAGCAGUAGGCGGCGGCGCAGGAAUUGGAAGGGGGACCUCACGACAAGCCAUUGUUGUGGUUCCCCAAACAACACGUCAAGGGAGACGGUGAUCCACGAUGACGGACACGAGGGAGAAAUGGGCCUGUGACUACUGCACCUACGAGAACUGGCCCUCCGCCACCAAGUGCACCAUGUGCCGCGCUCACAGGUCCCGCGUUCCCAUCAUCACGGAGGAGCCGUACAAAAGCGGGCCCGACGUGGACCCGGCGCGCCGCCCGUGGGACCUCCGCACCAGCGAGGGCGGCAGCGGCAGCCUCCUCAUCUGCCCGGACUCCAGCGCCAGGCCCCGCGUGCGGCCGGCCAGCAUGGCGGAGAUCGCCACCAAGUGGUCCUGCCACAUGUGCACCUAUCUAAACUGGCCCCGAGCUGUCCGCUGCACGCAGUGUCUGUGCCGGCGCCCCAAAAACGGCAGCCCGACCGAGUCGCCCCACGCCUCCGGCUGCCGCCCGGCACCGCCCUGCUUUCCCGCGGACCCGUGCGAGGAGUACAACGACCGCAACCGCCUGAACACCCACCAGCAGUACUGGACUUGCUCGUCGUGCACUUACCAGAACUUGCCCGUAACGCUCACGUGCGUGGUGUGCGACCACCCGCAGGCCAUCGAGCUGGCCGCCCCGUCCACCGAGCGCUCGCCCGUCAUCAAUGAGCAGGAACAGGCGCGGCGGAGGGGUCGCGUGGGCGGCGGCUGCGGCACCGGUCCUCUCGGCCAGAGGAGGUCGCCUUCUUUGGCCGAGAGCGAGGCCAGCGUCCAAAUGGACUUCCAGAGAAUCGAAGUGGCGGCGGGAGCUGUGAGCGGCAAGGACGAGCAGGAGACAGACUUCAAGAAGCUCAAGCAGAUACGAAACCGCAUGAGGAAAACGGACUGGCUAUUUCUCAGCGCUUGUGCCGGAGUGGUGGAAGGAGACCUGGCGCCGGUGGAGGCGUACAAGUCGUCGGGCGGCGACAUUGCGCGGCAGCUGACCGCCGACGAGGUGCAACUGCUCAACCGAGCGUCGGCAUUCGACGCGGGCUUCACGUUGGUGCACCUGGCCAUUCGCUUCCAGAGGCAGGACAUGCUCGCCGUCCUCCUCACCGAGGUGACUCAGCGGGCGGCCAAGUGCAUCCCGUCCAUGGCGUGCCCCGAGCUGACGGAGCAGAUCCGCCGGGAGAUCGCCGCGUCGCUGCAUCAGCGCAAGGGCGACUUUGCCUGCUACUUCCUCAGCGACCUGGUCACCUUCACGCUGCCCGCCGAUAUUGAGGACCUGCCCCCCGCCGUCCAGGAGAAACUUUUUGAUGAGGUUCUCGAUCGGGACGUGCAAAAAGAACUGGAGGAAGAAUCGCCGGUCAUCAACUGGUCGAUGGAGCUGGGCACGCGUCUGGACAGCCGCCUGUACGCGCUGUGGAACCGCACGGCCGGCGACUGCCUGCUGGACUCGGUUCUGCAGGCCACGUGGGGCAUCUACGACAAGGACUCGGUCUUGCGCAAGACGCUCCACGACAGCCUGCACGACUGCUCGCACUGGUUUUACACUCGCUGGAAGGAGUGGGAAUCGUGGUACUCACAAAGCUUCGGUCUUCACUUUUCUCUGCGGGAGGAGCAGUGGCAGGAGGACUGGGCCUUCAUCUUGUCUCUGGCCAGCCAGCCCGGGGCAAGCCUGGAGCAGACCCACAUUUUCGUGCUGGCACACAUCCUCCGCAGGCCCAUCAUCGUUUACGGCGUGAAGUACUACAAAAGUUUCCGAGGGGAGACUUUAGGCUACGCGCGAUUUCAAGGCGUGUACUUACCGCUGCUGUGGGAGCAAAGCUUCUGCUGGAAGAGCCCCAUCGCGCUGGGCUACACGCGCGGCCACUUCUCGGCCCUGGUGGCCAUGGAGAACGACGGCUACGGCGACAAUCGCGGCGCGGGCGCCAACCUCAACACGGACGACGACGUCACCGUCACCUUCCUGCCUCUGGUGGACAGCGAGCGCAAGCUGCUGCACAUCCACUUCCUGUCAGCGCAGGAGAUGGGCAACGAGGAGCAGCAGGAGAAGCUUCUGCGCUCGUGGCUGGACUGCAGCGUGACGGACGGCGGCAUGCUGGCCGCCGUGCAGAAGAGCUCGCGGCGCCGCAACCACCCGCUGGUCACGCAGAUGCUGGAGAAGUGGCUGGACACCUACCGACAAAUACGACCCUGCGCCGCGCUCUCUGACGGUGAGGAGGACGAUGAUGACGACGAAUGAGUGACGCACACACUUAUUAAAAAAAAAA